AUGUCGGAACACAUCCCUUCAUCCUGCAACUACUCGAGCUUGCCUCCAGAGAUCUGGGGACUCGUCCUAGAGUGUCUGCCGAGGACGGACCAACGGAGCUGCCUCUCGGUCUCGACAGCGUUCCGUGGCCUGGCGCACCCCCUCAUCUUCUCCCGCAUAAUCAUCCACUACGGGAUGUGGAAGGCGCGGGAAAGGGAUGUUGGGUUUUCCUUGCAGGAUCUGCGCCUCAUGGAACAGCGGUGCACCUCAAACACAGAGCUGUUGCAGCACGUCGCGCGCGACGCUCGAUUUGCGCGGUCUGUCAGGACGAUUUCCGUCCGCGCCCACGACGCGAUGAAAUGGUGUGACGCAGACGAUAUCCAGCACCUUAUCAACGCACUAGAAUCGUUUCCGCACCUUCAAUCGUUCCAGUGUGACAUACUCGAUUCAGAUGAGGAUGCAUCACGGUACUUUGGGCAGUUCAGGAACCUCCAAACGCUCUGCGUGGCGGGGGACCGCCGCCAUUUACCCAUCUAUACUCGAUCAGAAUACGAAUUGAUAAUCAGGACCUGCGCGCAGCAUACGCCCAAUACACUUCUCCGCCUCUCCGUGUGGCAAGACGCGGUAUGGGACACGCCACUGCGCGUGCUCUCCGGGCUACAAGAACUGUCUAUGUACAACCCCUGCAGCCUCGACCGGCUCGACGUAGUCUUCGCGCAGUGUCGGCAGCUGCGUUCGCUCAACAUCAUGAUCGCCAGUCCAUCGUGCGUUCCACAGGUGCUCGCGGUGCUCGAGGCUGCCCCUUCAAACACACUCCCGCACCUGACCUCGUUCAAGUUCGUCUGCACCGGCGAUUCGGGCAUUAUCGAUUCGGGUCCGUUCUCCGCGUUCCUCGGGAACAGGCCGGCGAUGCGGCGGCUCGACCUCAGGUUCAACGAGUGUUUCCGUGGUGUGGUCCACUACACGCGCUUCCUGGACAUAUUUGCGGGCCUUGCGAAGCUCGAGGUCGUCGGGCUGACGCUCGCGGGCAGCCACUUUUCACAAGAGCAUCUGAAAUUGCUGGACGCGCGGCUCCCCCGUGGUCUCUCUGCGCUGCUCCUUACCUGGGCCUUCAUUCCUGUCGACGACGAUGUAAUGGUGGCGGACUGGAUCGUGAUGCUCAAGCGACGGCCCUCGCUUGGGUACUUCCACGUCCUCGACUACGUGGAUAGUCUGAACCUACGGGACACGUUGCUCCAAGCCCGGCUGCCCGCGCUCGAGCUUGUCGGGUAUGGUGCACACAUGGCCAACAUCGAACGCAGCGUUCACGCGACCGACGAGUCGGUGUACGGGCCACACUGGAAGGAGGAGACCGUCAACUUCGGGACUGCGGAGGAUUUCGGGUGCGAGGACUGGGCAUGGCUACUGCAGUACCACGACUGGGACGGGUUAUCGUGA